AUGUCCGGACUUAUGCACAAGGUUAAGGAUGCCGUGACUGGCCACCACAAGGAGUCCAGCAACACCAACACCUCCUCCAACACCUCCUCCAACGCUGGUCCCCACUCCUCCAACAUGGCCAACAAGAUGGACCCCCGCGUCGACAGUGACCGCGACAACCGCGCCCGCCACGAAGCCAUGGGUGGCGCUCACGGCCCCCACGAUUCCAGCAUGGCCAACAAGAUGGACCCCCGCGUCGACAGUGACCGUGACAACCGUGCCAACCCCUCUGGCGGUCUGGGCGGCUCCGGUGCCGGCUACUCCUCCGGUGGCUACUCUUCCGGUCCCCACGAGUCCGGCAUGGCCAACAAGAUGGACCCCCGUGUUGACAGUGACCGCGACAACCGUGCCCGUCACCAAGCCAUGGGUGGUGCCCACGGCCCUCACGACUCCAGCAUGGCCAACAAGAUGGAUCCCCGCGUCGACAGUGACAGAGACAACCGUGCCGCUGGCGGCUACUCCGGUACCCACACCACUGGCGCUGGCUACGGAGGUGCCGGUGCAGGUGCAGGUGCAGGCUACGGCAGCAGCGGCGUGAACGACUACACCACCAGCAGCGGCUACGGUGGCAGCAGCAACGCAGGCCCUCACGGCUCCAACAUGGCCAACAAGAUGGAUCCCCGCGUCGACUCAGACAUGGACAACCGCGCCCGUCACCAGGGUAUGGCCAGCAGCAGCUACAACGCUCCCGGUCAAACCACUGCCGGUCCUCACAGCUCGAACAUGGCUAACAAGCUCGACCCCCGCGUCGACUCGGACCUCGAUAACCGCGGGACCUUGGGCACCCAGCGUGGGUUUUGA